GAAGCUUAGCAGUGCGUCAAUUUUAAACCUAUUUAUGAAGAAAGAAAGCUUUUACACUUUUCGCCUCUUAACUACAUCACAAACAUUGCAGAAAGAUAUCCACGAUCUAAAUCAAGAAGGUAGCUGUGAUGUUUUGAAGCUAAGCAAAUUUUCUUAUUGGCAAAAACGAUAUCAAGACCAACAUCAAGAUUUAGGCUUUGAUUGGUUUAUCACCCCAGCUGAUAUUCUAGAACAUAUUUUAGACAUUUUAAAUCAGGUUAAGAAAAAGCAUGUCAACAAAAGCCUUCACUUGUUAGAUUUGGGCUGUGGAACCUCUGAUCUCUCUCUAAAUGUAUUAGCCCAUACCAGCAGCCCUGUUUCAAUGAUACUGUUGGACUUUGUUAAAGAAGCUCUCCUGUACCAAAGAAAAAAAUUCAGCAAAAUUUCUCAGAAAGGGUCAUCUGUGCAGUUUGUUUGUGCAGAUAUCUUAAACAUUCCUUUCUGCAACAACUCUUUUGACCUGAUUAUUGAUAAAGGGACAAUGGAUGCAUUGCUGAAGGAUUCGACCAAUGGUCAGUUUAAAUGUGAAGUUAUGAUGUCUGAGGUGAUGCGUGUGCUAUCAAAAUAUGGAAGAUACAUGCAGAUAUCUGAUGAAGACCCAGACUCAAGAUUACUGUGCUUAGAAGAGAUAUGUCAUAAAGCUUUUACCAGCAGUCACAAACCAAACAGUAUUAGUCAUGAGUUGGAUCAUAAAAAACUUACUUCUGAUUCAAAUUUAGAACUAUGGGAAGAGAGGAACAUUUUAAAUAAAGUCACAUAUAAGGAUGGGAAUUCUUUACAAGAAAAAAUUCAAAACCACACUGACUCUUCAUCUUUUGAUCCACAUCAUUGUCAUAGUUUAGAAAGAUCAGACAUUACUUCAUGGUCGUUUGAAGUUGUCAGUUCUCAUUGUGGCAGGGAGUACUUUAUCUACUGGUUUGACAAACUAAGAUAACUAAGCAAUACACCACUUUAUUUAUUUAGUUAAAUAUGAUAUUUUAAUAAUUGGUGCCUUAUUUUGGUGAAAAUCUAAAAUAGGCAUUUUUGGUAAGCUGACCUAACUAAACUAGCUUGCACAUUACUGUUCUAUUAUUUCAAGUGAAAAAAUGUUCAGAAUCAAUUUUGGAACAGGAUAAUGGCUUUCGUCAUGAUGCUAUCCAACAUUUUAAAAAUAACUGUUCUGUUAAUAGUUAGUUAUUUAAAUACCUGUGGUUAAAUAGCGUAACUUGCCAAGUAGUCAUUCAUUUGAGGACUGGACAGAAAAUAAAAACAUUGUAUUGUAGUUUUAAGCUGAUGUAAUUUUUGUGAAAUGUAAGAAUUAUUAAAUUUUUUAAACUGAUUCAUAAUUAAAUCAGUUUAUGUUGUAUAUUUUCUGAAACCAAUGUUCAAUUAUUAAUCAUAAAAUAAACAAACUAAAUGAU